AUGUCCUCGUCCGGAAGUGAGACCGGCGGGACAAAGGCAAUCCCCGGUGCCGACGGGUGGACCGACCAUCGCCUCGUCAUCUCGAAGAUGCGGAUUCGCCCACAGCCUCGCAGGAAACCUCAAGGUAAGUGACACCCAGAUAAGCUGAAUAUUGCCUUGUUGUCUUUGCCUGCUCACCAUCUCCAUUUCAGCAUCGAGCUAGUUCAACGGCUGGCCAACAUUCCAUUCGCCGUUGACGACAGCGCCUCCGUGGGGAACCGAUGAUGUCAACCGGGAGACACAGUCCAGUCGACGACCCUGGCCAUCCUCGGUUGCGCAAGUCGCCAACACCAGGAUUGGUUCGACGACAGCAACGCCGCCAUCAGCAGCCGGCUCGAAGAGAAGAACAGUCUGCACAAAGCCUACGUCACUCGCCCCACCGACGACAACAGAGCAGCCUUCUGCCGCAGUCGCCGUCUUCUACAACAACGACUGCGCGAGGCGCAGGAUGCCUGGACGGCUCGCAAGGCAAAGGACAUCCAAGGGUACGCGGAACGCAAAGAAUGGAAAAACGUCUUUGUCGCGACCAAAGUCCUCUACGAUCCGUCAAUCAAAGCUACUGCACCUUUUCUCAGCGCCGAUGGCAGUACCCUACUCACUGAGAAGACACAAAUUCUACAGCAGUGGAUCAUGCAAUUCCGGGGCGUCCUCAACCGUCUCUCCACCAUCUUCAACGCCGCCAUUGCCGUCCGCCUCAAUUGGAGACCAACGCCGACAUCGACCUCCGUCCUCUCUUUACGAAACCGUCAGGGCCGUACAGCAGCUCUCCAGCGGGAAAGCGGAUGGAUCGGACGCGAUACCCGCUGA